ACACUGCCCACCCGUCUUACACCAAAGUUAGUAAUGACGAUCGGCAGCUUCUCGAUUACGACGAAGGCUGGUGAAGCAGAGGAGCUCCGACAUCUAUUUUCUGAGGACUUCAAUUCUACAGCUCGCUCGCAGCUUCUCAUCUAACACCGACACGCUCCAGAUUCGAGCCAGGUAUCGGGUUACCAUGUCGGGCUCCGGGCUGUCAGCCUUCCCUGUGGCACCGAUGCCGCACAUUGAACGUCCUCCGGCAUCUGGAUUAUAAUGUAGCCGCCAUGAUGAUGAGCUCUGCUUUGGGAGAGCUACCGCCGGCAUCGUACGAGGAGGAGUUCUACGAAUCCCUAGACCGAAUCUUCUCAUCCUCGUGCUCUUCUACCUCCGCCUCCGACGAUGAUACAGACUAUUACCAUUGCCACCGUUUCUCGCCACCGGCUGCGGCGGCUUAUGAGGUAUGGAUUACCGAUCCAGCGCCCGUCGAGGAGCGCCGGAGGCGUCUUCUUCAGAUGUUGGGACUCACCGGCGAUCCUGCCCUCUCCCGGUCGAAAAGUCCAAUCUCGAACUCCGGCGAAGAUGACUUCGACAGGUGGAAAAAUGGGGAUUGUGGAGAAGCUGCUAGAUCCGCAUCAUACAAAGCAGUUUAUCAACGCAUCGAUCCCUUUUCUUCUUCCGCCCUCUUCACUCGAUCCAGAUCCGACGGCACUGUUGAUUCCAUCACAGUACAAAGGCAGCUCCGCUUCUCGCCGUCUAUUUGGCCAGUAGUGUCUGAUGGAAUAGUCCGAGACGAGGAUGAUGAUGAUGAUGACCCGCGGUGCACUAUUAGGAACCUGGAUACGGGAAGAAAGUUUGUGGUGAAGGAAUUCAGGGAAGAUGGAAUGUGGAAUAAGCUAAGAGAGGUUGGGACUGGCCGGCAGCUAACAAUGGAGGAGUUCGAGAUGUGCGUGGGCCGGUCUCCGAUCGUUCAUGAACUCAUGCGGCGUCAGAACCAGAAUCCUAAUUCCUGUGCAGCUCCUGAUUCUCACGGUGGCGGUGGUCAGUUCACUGGAGGCGGCAUGGGAGUGAGAGUGAAGAGGAAAGGGAACUGGCUUAGGAGUAUUAAGAGCAUUGCCGACACCGUCGUUCACUACCGUGAAAAGAGGAGCAUCGAGGAGAGGGACUCUUCGUCUGAAAAGGGAGGGAGGAGGUCGAGCUCAGCCACGGACGAUAGUCAAGAGGGAUCCAACCAUAAUUUCCACGGCACUGAGCGGAUCAGAGUUAAGCAGUAUGGGAAGUCCUUGAAAGAGCUUAGUGGUCUCUACUUGACUCAGGAGAUUCAAGCGCAUAGUGGUUCUAUUUGGACCAUUGAGUUUAGCUUGAAUGGGCAGUAUCUAGCUAGUGCAGGAGAGGACUGCGUUAUCCAUAUUUGGCAGGUAUUGCAGUGCGAGAGGAAGGGAUUUCCGGCAAUGGAGGGAGCAGCAGGGGAGAAUGGGAGUAGCAAUCCGUUCUUGGGGGGUAUUAAUAAUGGGACGCCGGAAGUUGCGUUUGCUUUGGCCUGCAUUGAAACGAACCACUGGGAGAAGAAGAGGAGGACAAAGAUAACCAGUGGCAGGAAAUCUCUCGGUUUGGAAACUUUCAUGGUGCCAGAACACCUUUUUGCGCUCGAGGAGAGGCCUCUAUGCUCUUUUAGAGGUCAUCUUGAUGAUAUCCUGGAUUUAUCUUGGUCCAAAUCGCAGUACCUACUUUCAUCUUCAAUGGACAAGACAGUUAGGUUGUGGCAUAUGUCUAGCAUUUCCUGCCUGAAAAUUUUUUCACACAGUGACUAUGUGACUUGCAUCCAAUUCAAUCCUGUUGAUGACAGGUACUUCAUUAGUGGAUCUCUGGAUGAGAAAAUUCGGAUAUGGAGCAUACCAGAUCAGCGAGUUGUGGAUUGGAAUGAUCUUCAUGAAAUGGUUACAGCUGCAUGUUAUACACCUGAUGGGCAGGGUGCUCUAGUAGGCUCGCACAAGGGAAGCUGUCAUUUAUAUGAUACAUCUGAUAAUAAGCUGCAUCAUAAAACCCAAAUUGAACUGCAAAACAAGAAGAGGAAGUCCAACAACAAAAAAAUAACUGGUUUCCAGUUUUCUCCAGGGAGUAACUCUGAAGUACUUAUUACAUCUGCUGAUUCAAGAAUACGAGUUGUUGAUGGCGUAGAGCUCAUCCUCAAGUUGAAAGGGUUUCGCAACACAAGCAGCCAAAUCUCAGCCUCCGUAACCCAAAACGGAAAAUAUGUCAUCUGCGCCAGUGAAGAUUCCCAUAUUUACGUCUGGAAACAUGACACGGAUCCCAGACCAACCAGAAGCAAAGUAAACAUCAAUACCAGACAGACAUACGAGCAUUUCCAUUGCCGUGAUGUAACGGCCGCCAUUCCAUGGAUAAAUGCUGCCGCCACCACCUAUAACACCCCCGGCGAAACAACUCCUCAUGGCUUCAAAACCCCGCCACCGCCGCAGCCGCCCAUAAAUGGCCUUUCUCAAAACUCAAAACUUAGCCUCCAGCUUCUGGACGAAUCCAACGGCCAUGAGUCUAUUAUUGACUCGCUACGGCCACCCGGUAUUGUUGGCUCGAACACGAAUCAGUUCGGCGAUCGAGCUUCGGCGACAUGGCCGGAGGAGAAGCUGGUGGUGUCGUCAGAGCAGAGCAGUCCUGAGAGCAGCACGGAUCGGAGUGAUGGAGGAAUUCAUCUGCAAAGCAAGUCAGCUUGGGGAAUGGUGAUCGUCGCCGCCACGAGAGGAGGCCGGAUCAGAACAUUUCAGAACUUUGGGUUUCCUGUGAGAGUAUAAUAGUGCGUGUGGAAGUUGCUGGCAAGUUUAUCAGCUCUGCAGUAGAUUUGUAUAGAUAGAGGAAUAUAUGGCGAGGAGAUAUGUAAUAUCUGUUGUUUGUUAUGAUUUUAUUUUUAUUUUUAUUUUAUUUUUCAACCGCCUUCAAUUUGAAUUAAUGUGCGUCGUUUUGUUCCAGCUGAAAA